AUGCCUCCCACCAGAACACCAGACGCAAUGAAUGUCACAAUCAAGCACGCGGGCAAGUCGUACCCCAUCGAUGUCGAUGUGGCAGCGCCCGCCACUGCUUUCAAGCAGUCAAUCUACGAGGUUACCGGGGUGCCGACUGACCGUAUGAAAGUGAUGGUCAAAGGCAUCCUGAAGGACGACGCGGAUAUGUCCAAGCUGGGUCUCAAGCCUGGCCAGGUCAUCAAUGUCAUCGGCACCGCUGGUCCACUACCCGAGGCGCCGAAGAAGCCGGUUGUAUUCCUUGAGGACAUGGACGACUCCGAGCUUGCCCUCAGCACGCGCACCCCACCAGGCCUUGUGAACAUUGGCAACACCUGUUAUCUCAACUCGACGCUGCAGGCGCUGCGCGCCGUGCCACAACUCCAAACAGCCUUGGAAGGUUUCUCCGCAGGCAGUGGACCGGAGGCCCGGCUCGCUCUUUCAGUCAAGAAUCUAUACUCCGGCAUGACGCAGACGACUGAGCCGGUGACUCCUUUCGCCCUGAUCUCUAAUCUGCGCAUUCUCGCGCCGCAGUUCGCCGAGCAAGAUCAGCGCGGAGGAUUUGCCCAGCAGGACGCGGAUGAGGCGUGGACGCAGGUGGUGUCAGCGCUGCGCUCAUCGCUCCCCGGCCAGAACGGGCAGGGAUCGUGUGUCGACGACUUGAUGUCAAUCGAGCUUACCAAGACGCUCUCGACGCCCGAGGCGCCCGAAGAGGCCCCUUCGACGUCGACAGAAAAGGCGCUUAAGCUCGAGUGUAACAUCUCAAUCAACACAAACUUCUUGAUGUCGGGGAUCAUGGACAGCCUGGACCAGCAGAUUGAGAAGAACAGUCCCUCGUUGGGCCGGUCCGCCACGUACAACCAGAAGACGCGCAUCUCGAGACUCCCCAAUUACCUUGUGGUGCACCUCGUGCGCUUCUACUGGCGUCGCGACAUUCAGAAGAAGGCAAAGAUCAUGCGCAAGGUCAAGUUCCCUCUCCAGCUUGAUGCGCUGGACAUUGCAACGGACGAGCUGCGUGAAAAGCUGGCCCCUGUGAACGCCGAAGUAAAGCAGAUUCUUAAGACGCGGGAUGACCGGGCCAAGAUCGCCAAGCGCGCGAAGGGCAAAAACGCCCCUACGGAAGAGAAGGCGGAGGAGCAGCACCGCGAGGAGGAGCACAAGAAGGUCGCGGAGCUGGUCGAGACGGCUGGCGGAGUCGCGGCCGGCACCAACCCGUCCGGCAUGUACGAGCUGUGUGCGAUGGUUACGCACAAGGGCGCGUCAGCCGACGCGGGACACUACAUUGGUUGGGCGCGCAAGGAGGGUGGAUUCGCGCCUUCCGGAGAGGAGGAGUGGUACAAGUUUGACGACGAUAAGGUGUCGGGCGUGACGGCAGACAAGAUCACGUCCAUGGACGGCGGCGGCGAGGACUCGGUUGCCUACAUUCUUCUGUAUCGGUAUGUCGCGAUCUAG